CAUUUUCGGUGUCUAAAAAAUUAAAAUGAUAAAUUUAAAAAGAACCGAAGAAAUAUUCUGUAUAUACAUUUUAAUUUAAGUCAAGAUAUAUGAUUUCAUUCCAUUUUAUAAAAAAUUAAAGAUCAUCAUUUUCAUGUGGUCUAGCCUAACCAUUUACUCCCUACAUAGAUUAUUGUAUUAUUGCUCUAACUGAAAGAUGGUUCAUCAAUCAAUGGACAUUAUUGAUUCACCACCACAAUCCUCAUCAACAUUUUUGGGCAAAUUGAGGGCUAAAGUGGUGGAGAUUGCCAAAAAUGUCUUCAAAAUGGGGAAAGAAGAUCCAAGAAGAAUUGUGCAUUCUUUUAAAGUUGGAAUAGCUCUCACAAUCAAUUCCUUAUUCUACUACUGCAAUUCUCUUUAUGAUAGUUUUGAAACGUCUGGAAUCUGGGCCGUUUUAACCGUUGUCGUCGUUUUCGAAUUUACUGUGGGUGCAACAUUAUCUAAAGGGUUGAAUAGGGGGUUUGCAACACUUGUAGCAGCAGGAAUGGGUGUUGGAGCUAAAUAUUUAGCUGACCUUUGUGGUGAAAAGGGAGAGCCAAUUGUUCUUGGUGCACUUGUUUUUAUCCUAGCUGGGGUGUUGACGUUUGCGAGAUUUGCACCUCGAAUAAAGAAGAAGUAUGACUAUGGAGUAUUGAUAUUCAUCCUCACAUUCAGUAUGGUGGCUGUCUCCGGCUAUAGAUCGGAGGAAAUCAUAGAGGUUGCUCGUCACCGGUUUUUGACGGUGGUGAUCGCCGGCGGGACUUGCAUACUUAUCUCCAUCAUUCUCUGCCCUGCAUGGGCCGGCCAAGAUCUCCAAAACCUAAUUGCUGCAAAUAUUGAAAAACUUGGAUUGUCCAUUGAAGUUCAUAUUUUAGGUUUCCGGAAGGGGAAGGAAGAGCCGCCCAAAGUGACAACUCAUUUGCUCAACACCAUAGAUCCGUACUCAAUUCCAAGGCUUCUGAGGAAUCUUUGGCAAACUUUGCAUGGUGGGAAAUAGGGCAUGGAGAGUUUAGAUUUCGUCACCCAUGGAAGCACUACCUAAAAGUGGGAGCCCUGGCUAGGGAAUGUGCCUCUCAUCUCGAGGCUCUUUGUGGGCACUUAAACACCAAUGAUCAGGCCUGCCCUCCCCUCCCUUAUUCAUUACACACUCUUUUGACACUAUUCUCAAUUCCAUGAUUUUCAUAUACUUAUGUUACAAAAAAAGUUCUUGAUUUGA